CAGCUCGGCUUUCCUACGCCAGCAGCGGUGUGUCACCGAGGUUGGGCUGCCGCCGGAGAGACUCGGAGUCAGGGCGAACACCCAUCCAGUUAACCCAAACUGGCAUCGCAUAGGGGCUAAGGGGCGGCCCCGGCGAGUUUUAAACCCGACUGCAGCGUCGGUUGGAUCCUGCGCCUCUCUCUCUCUCUCCGUCGCCACCACCACCCGUCCUCCUGAUGUCGGAUUUCAAGCUCGGGAUCGUGCGGCUCGGCCGUGUGGCCGGGAAGACAAAAUACACACUGAUUGACGAGCAAGACAUACCGCUUGUGGAAAACUAUGCAUUUGAGGCACGCAUGGAGGUAGAUGCGGAUGGCAAUGGAGCUAAGAUCUUUGCCUACGCUUUCGACAUUGGCAAAGGCCGCUGGGCAGGAAGGCCUUUGCAUGAGCUGCUCUGGGAGAAGCAUAGAGGAGGCAUCGCCCCCAGUUUUCAAGUCAUCCACAUCAACUCCGUGACGGUGGACAACAGGCUAGACAACCUGCGACUGGUGCCAGUGGGCUGGAGCCCCAAGCCGGAGGAGAUUUCCAGCAAACAGAGAGAGCAGUCUCUGUACUGGCUGGCCAUCCAGCAGGUACCAGCUGACCCUGUGGAGGAGCAAUAUCUGGAGCUGAGCCGCACACGCUACUACAACGCUAAUGGGGAGCUGGUGGAGGAAGAGGAGUGCUCCUGCACCUACUAUGAGUGUCAUUAUCCUCCUUGUUCACUCAUUGAGAGGAGGCUCCGCGAGUUCAACAUCUGCGGUCGCUGCCAGGUGGCGCGCUACUGUGGCUCCCAGUGCCAGCAGAGGGACUGGCCCGCCCACAAGAAGCAGUGUCGCGAGCGCAAGCGGGUGCUGGCUCUUGAGUCAGAGCCCGAACGAUGAUCUGCCCUUGCCUGGGAGAGGAGCAGGGAAAACAGUGGGGGUGGGGUUGGACUUAUGGGAGGGGAGUGGGGAUGAAGUGCAAAAUUGGGGAAAUUGCUGACAAGAGACUAACAACUGAGGACAAUGUUGGUUGCUUGAUUGUUUGAUGGAUUCAGGUGGUAAGAAGAUGGAUGGGAAGGAGAAUAAAGCAAAAAAGACAUUUGCCACUUUCCAGAACUGGUAAUGCUCCAUAGCUUGCUUGCUGGAUGAUGGGAAACGGUAUUAUUAUUUUAUUUUUUUUGUCAUUAUUUUUCUUGAGGGGGGGAGACCCUCGAGAUCUACCUGCUGCUAUGGUUUUGUAUGUGGGGGGGGGGGAGUUGUCUUGCUGAUGACCUGGACAAGCUUAUUUGGACCACAAUAUAGACAGUCGUCGUCAUCCACUUUAGUUCCUCCACCCAGCCGCUGGGUGUGGUGAUGUCUGGGCAAACGGGGGACCCAGGGGCUGCAGUACCUGUUGUUCAACUGGUACAAUGGGACAUGGACCUUUUCACUGUAUUGCUCCCUCUCUGACCUCUGCACACAGCUGCUGUCUUCAUGGUCAUCGUCACCUUAGCCGCCUCCCUGUCUGUUGUACUCCCCACGCAGCCAACCAGGACACACAUCAGAUGGAUUUCACUGAUUGAAUCACACUACCAGUAUUGAGUGUGGAAGUGUGUGUGUGUGUGUGUGUAUAUGUAUGUGUGUGUGUGUGUGUGUGUGUGUGUGUGUGUGUGCUGCCAAUAUGUACUGAAGGACAUUGAAACGGUCAACAUUGGUUUCGGGCAGGGUUAAUGUAUGUAUUUUCUCUUCUUAAAGGGGCCAUAUUACACAGUUUUAAAUUUCAUAUUUAAUCGUAAAUUGAUGGGUUAAAUAUUUUCACUGUUCUAUAAUAAAGUAGCUGCCAAAUAAAGGCAAAACAUUU